CUCCAGUGGCAUGCCAAUCAGUUGGCCAGGGAGCAGCAGCAACGUCGGCAGCAACAACAACAACAGUACGAGGAACAACUGCGUCUGGGAGGCGAGGAGCUGCUGCAGCGUUUUGCCGGCCGGAAGCUGUGUCGCACACAGCAGGAGCAGUGUCAGAGUGCACAGCGUCGACAGCUGGCGGAGCAGCAGGAUGCCAAAGAGCGUUCACAAGAGGCAUGUCUGGCCGAGCAGAGGGAAGAGCAAAGACAGCAAAAGGAGCGCAUUAAGCAUGCACAGCAGCUCUUUGAGCAACUGCGUCCGGGACCCAGGGAACUGCUCGGCGCCAAGCUGCAGAGUGAGGUGAUGCGGGGCAUCAAUGCCCAGCGGCAGUUGCAAGCGCAGUUUGCGGUGGCAACCAAAGAGCAGCAUGAGCUGGACAAGCGCAUCUAUGGCGAACAGGUGCUCAAUGGCCUUGAGGAGGCGCAGCAACGGCACAGCGAACGUCGCCGGCAGUUGAGCGAACACAAGCAGGCACUACUCGAAUCCAUAAAGGAGCGACAGCAGCAACGCGAUGCCGAGAAGCUCGAGCAGCACAAGCUGGCACUCGAGGAGCGGCGACGCAAUCAGCAGCAGCUGCAGGAACAACAUGAGAAGCAACGUGCGGCGGAAGCUGCCAAGUUGCAACUGAGGCGAGAGCAUGCUUUGGCCGCUUUGGUGGCCACCGAGCAGCGUCAGCAGCGGUUGCGAAUGCUCGAGGAAGUGGAGCAACUGCAGUGCGAGGUGCACAACGAGGCAAAGUCGAAGCUGGACAGCCUGAAGAUUGAUCUGGCCCGACAGCGAGUGCAACGUCGACUGCAGCGCAAUGAGCAGCUAGCCAAGCAGCUGGCGCCACGUUUGCACUACAGCGCAGGUGAGGAUCAGGCACGGCACGAACGUCAGCUGGCCGAGAUGCGGCGUGCGCACAGCGUCGAGCAGCAGACGCGUCGCCAGCGACUGGAGGAGACAAAGAAACAGCGCCAAGCCAUGCAGCAGGGAGAACAACAAGAGGCCAAGCUGGCCAAAGAGCGUGCAGCCGCCGAACGACGCGAGGAUGUGGAGACACGCCUGCGGAACGAGCGCAUCCAUGUGGAAUUCAAGCAGCAGGAGCGACUGGAGCAGCUGCGUCGCCAGCGCGAUUUACGCUCUCAGCUGGACAAGCAGCAGAGGGAGCUGCUUGAGGAGCAGACGCGUCCUGGAACCAACUACAAUCGAUUGGCACAGCUGGAAUGUAUUCGCGAGGAUGCCUUCUUUGUGGACUAUGCGCGCAGGUUGAUGCUGGAGGCAAAGGAAAAGAAUUGUCCACUGAAACCCUUCCUGCGUGUUGUGGAACAGUAUAAGAGCGAGAAUCGCAUUGGUGCCGAGGUGCGCAUUCCACCGCACUUGAUCACAAGGCUGACCAUGGGCAGACGCACCAAGGGCGACAGUCGAGCCGAGGAGAAGCAGAAGAAGAAGGCAGCAGAAGAGGGCAAAGAACCACCUCCAGAUGAGGAAGAACAUUAUAUGAAGAAUAUUAAAGAGAACCUCAAGAAAAUAGAAGAACUGGUUCUGACUGAGGCGAAGGAAAGGGAGGAGAAAACUCAGAAGAAACCAGAGGAAGAGAGUGGAAAGUAAAAGUGAGAGAUGCAGAGAUUAUCCCACUAUAUAACAAUCAAUUCAAAAGAGAACAAUCCCGUCGGAAAAUAAAUAACGUCCUACUUUAG